AAAAAAACGCAUUUACCUGUGCGUAGUCUGAUUGGUUUAUUUAUGUAAAUAUAGCUUAUGACAUAUUGUACAAACAAUAAUAAAUGAUCACAGUAGGUGCCCGAGAAGACAGUUUGCAGAACUACGAAAGGAGAAUGUCUGGAAGUUUGCUGAAGUUGAUCAUCUUUAUCAGCCUUCUGUUUGACCUGGCAGUAUCCCAAGAUCCCCCAGAUGCUUGCACAACAUACACUCCAUUUCCUGAUUCUGACCGUCGUGGCAUUAACUACACACUGAGUAAUGGAGAAUCCAGCAUUGACGACAAUGAGUUGACUGAAGGAUGGUACGGGGACAGGAGGUACACUCUGGUCGAAGAAUCCCCUGGAUUCUACAAAUGUGGAGGAUGGUACCCAAUAUAUAUACAAGGACGAACACCCAUUGCAGGACAAACACCCAACAGUGACUUGACAAUGUGUGUUCAGUCUACAACUGAAGCAUGCAAAUCGACCUUCAGUGUAGAAGCCAGACAAUGCGAUGGGUUUGAGGUUUACCUUUUGCCUCAAGCUCCAGUCCACCGAGCUGUGUAUUGUUUAGUGGCAAACCAUGGAGUUUCAGGAUCUCCACAAUUUGAUGAAAAACCACGUAUUACUUUUGAGUUAAUGGACAAAGAAUAUUCAAGUGAACUAUUAUUCCGGUGUAACUUUACCCGUUCUUCUGAAGACCUGUUUUACAAGACCAUCUGGUAUGUGGAAGGAGCCCCAAUUUAUACGUUCGAACCUCUUGAGUGGAACUCGGAUGACUUUGACUACAUUGCAAACAGGACAUUGACAGAACAGUUGCUGAAGGACAAUGGGGUUGAGAAGGCUGGAUUUAAUUUACAAUGUGGUGUUCAGGCUCUGUAUGCUCCCGGUGGAGCAACAUCCAGUGGCGAAUUAUCAGAAGUCCAGUUUGUCGGAGUGAAGAUUAAAUGGUAUAACACUCAACCUCUAUCUGAAGGAGAAACUCGUAGAAUAUUUCUGGAACUCACUGUGCCUUUUGGCUGUGGCACAUUCAAAGAGGGGUUGAACAUCCAAUGUCCUUUUGACAUCAAUGUGGUGAGGGUACAAGACCCAGAUAACACCAGCCUUGCUGCAGUAGUUGAAAACUCAUGUAGUAUUGCCAAAAUAAGCUCAAAACAGUGGCAUCAAGGGACAUCAGUGACAGUUGUUGGCAAAAUUACACCUACAUAUGGAGAGGAGACUGCAACAACUCAACUGAAGUUAAAAACCCCCAAUAUCAGCUACGAGUUAUCUUCCUUCUGGCAGGACUAUGAAAUUGGAAUUGUAACGAUCCAACUGGUCAAGAAUACAACUUUGUUCCAAAGAAGAUAUUGUCAUUCACAUAACGAUCCUCAGAUUAUAACAUUUAAUAGGAUGUGGUUUUACCUUGACCAUGCAGAAGUUUACACAUUAUAUUCAGAUUUAAACAAAAUUGAGGUACAGAUACAAACUGAGGACUGUGGCAGAGAAAGGAGGCGAUAUGGCCCAUUCUGUACAUGUGGCGUGGCAGUCCGAGCUGGAAGGACCGUGUUUGAGAUCAGUCACUGCAAGUCCCUCACCUGGCACAUCGGCUACACGGCUUGUGGAGAUGACGGAGACGUGCUGCAAGUUAGGAGGAUACAUUUAAAGCACUACAUGAUCCAUCUGCCCACUGGAAAUACAGUAAAUGUUAACCUAGAGAAUGAUCCAUAUUUCCUGAAUGUUUACGUUACGUCCUCUGUCAACGAUGUUGGAAAAAGUCGUGGUAUGUGUGGUGAACUGUCAGCAACAAGUGAUGAUGACUUGAUAAUGAGAGGUGGUUCCGUGACAAACUCUACUGAGGACUUUGCAGAAUCCUGGAGGGUUAACAAGACUGACAACUUUUUUGACCCAGAGGUUAUCAGUGCAGGACUGUCGUCCUACAAGCCGUUACUCCAAUACUGUACAUGUGAAGAAAAGGGUCUGACAUGUACUGCCAUGGCUGCCUCUGAUACGGUGAAAACACCAAGGGAUAUCCAGAAAAUCAAGCCAAAGAACUGUGUUAUAUCCAAGCGGAAAAAACGCAUGGCCUUGCGCACCCAGAAACGUUCAAAAAGGCAAGUGCAACCAUCAGGAAGAUGGUUUAAUGGCUGGAAUGAGACGCUGGCACAAGCAUACUGUGAGGACAAGUUUUCAGAGUCAAAGGCAGUGAAGGUGUGUGGAGACGUCCCUGGUGUCAAUGUUGCAAACAGCAAACGUGAAUGUGUGAAGGACAUUCAGCUGAGUGGCACUGAUGCUUUUGCCACAAUGGCUGUGGAAAGCGUCUAUGCGAAGUGCUUUCGGGAGGCUUUGGUGAAUCCCAUUUUGAACAUGUCUGAGCCUGGUAAACCAUCAGUUUUUGAAAAGAUUACGGAAGAGACAUGCACUCAAGAUUGCAGCAAAAGAGGUGUCUGUAAAGAGGGACAGUGCCAUUGUAACCCAGGUUUCGGAGGUGGAGAUUGCUCUGUCGAACUGUCCAACCCCCCUACUCUAUUUGACGUUGGAGACGGAGGUCGCUGUGACCUAGCUACAGGAAAAUGCAUCGAAACUGCAGUACUGGGUGACAUCUUCAGUGGGGAAGAAUCCUCCAGAUGUCAAAUAAAGAAAAGCAUGGUGAAACAGGAUGGACAGAUGGCAAUUUCAUCGGUCACAACAUCCAAGGCUGUCACAGAGAGUAUAAGUGAAGUGACUUGUUACCUACCAGAUGCUCUUGCGGAUGAUGUUACUACCAGCUACAACAUUUCUGUGUCUAACAUUGGAACGUUCUACAGUAACGAACUGACCGUCCUGGUGUAUGACUCGACAUGCGUCACUGUCAACAAUGACACUAUGAUCUGGAGUUUGCGGGAUGGAUACUGCACUCACAAAGGAAAGUGUGUGAUGGAGGGGGAUACAUUGGAAGAAGAUGCUUGCGUAUCAUGUGAAAUCAACGACAACCAAAGAAUAUGGAAGACAGCAACAGGUGGAAUUUGCGGAAACAGAGCCGGGAAUGUCAGCGACGAGAGGCUGUUUGUCAUGUUGGGUCUUCUUGUUGCUGCAGCAGCUGCCUUGAACCAUGGUCAAUAAUAUGAAAACAUUGAAUCUAUUCUCUGCUUUAAGUAUACCAGGAUACAUUUAUAUGUCAUUUUGCUAUCUGACCUUUUAUAAAACCCAAUGAUGAUAGAAAACCUUCUAACUUGCCUGUUUUUCAUGCAGAUCCAAUAUGGACAACUUUUUUCUUUUGUAAGAUAAAGUGUCAUAAGGUGUCAUCAAAAUAGUAUCACAGACGAUGUUAUGUUGGCAACAGUCGGUAUACUUAUUCAUGUAUGCUUAACACUGAUGGGGAGGAUAAACAUAAUGCAUCUCCAAGAAUCUGAACAAUGAAUUUUUAAUAUAUGUUUUUAUGUUACUAGUAUUUAGAUGAGUUUUCCUUUAUCUUUGUAAUUUGUUUGAAUUUGGAAUUCUUGUUUUGUUGUACAAGAUUUUUCGUAAACAUAUAUUUGCUCAUGUUUAUGUGGUUUGUAAACUUGUAAAUGCAGGAACAUAUUGAGAUUUUGGUAGCAUAUUUAUAUUUUGGUGUCCUUUGGCCUUUCAACUUAAAUCUAGUAACAUCCAGAUUUUGUACAUAAUUGUCUUGACUGGCUUAUCUUUUUUCUGAAUGUUCAAUGUAGGAAAUUAACAAGGUGUGAUCUUGUACUAAAAAUGCAGCAAUGCCAUAUCAUAGCUCAUAUUGAGCCAUAGCUUCAAAGGUACUACAAACAAAAUAUCAAUGUCAUUAAAAUCGGAUCUUAAGUCUCGCUACCGCAUAAACAAAGAUCUGAGGACAUCCCAUUAUGGAUCAUAUCAGAACGAUCUUUCAUCCUACCAAUCAGAGCGUGGCUUAACAGAUCGGGAAAGUGACGGUUGGAAUGUGUUUUUCUAGUCAUGCAAACUCUAAAAAGGUUAACAGGGUAUUCCGACCGACAGUUAGGGUUGUAUGACUGAUUCCGUAAAAAUCAUUGUCUAUGUCUCACUUUGAACGGAAGAGAAUUUGCAUAGCCCGUUGGAAGUAUUACCUUACAAUCUUGGCCAUCUAAAACACUUUCCAGAAUGUUUUUUAUUCAGUUUUCAAAUUUUGAAAUGAUUGUUUUCAAAGGGUAGUCUGGAAUGAAAGUCGCCAGUUUGAAAUUAGUGCCUUAAAGCUUGAUAAAACUGCUCUCUGACUCACCAAUGUCGACUUCUUGUUAGUAAUUUCAUCGGUAGGUCUAAGUUUGCGAAAGGUCGUUGUGACAUGGCCUGUAAUGGGAUGUCCUCAUAUCUACUUUUAGCAGUAGCGAGACUUAAGAUGUAGUUAGUAGUGGGGUUCAGCCUAUAUGUUUUUUCCAUAUUUACACUCUGACCGUGAUCAAAUUUUUGUGCUUAAAUCCACUGGAAAGGUGAAACCUUGUAUAUCAUUCUUGGUAAGGUUUUGUAUAAAAUCUAAGCAACAUUUGUCCAUGUGUAUUUAGUAAUAGGGCAAAACACAUUCCCUCACACUAUCAACAUAUUCAGAAUUUUCACAUGCUUGUUCCAAUCAAUGAUGACGGCAGAAUUUGUUCAAGAGGUUUGAAUUCAAUUUUCAGUUUUGAUUUAUUUAUAGCUAUUACAAAAUGUGAUAUUUUGUAGUUGAUUAGUUUGCCAGUUACCUUCCAGUUUUUGCAAUAGUUGUAUCUAGUUUUGACCUUGCUCUUUAAUUCUGUGAAGGUGCGUACUUGGGUCAGUAGACUUCUUCUCAAGGUAGACACAAUAUUAUGGAAACAACUUCCUUAUAACGGUAUAAGGAUCUAUACCGAAACAUCGCUUUUCACAGUAUGAAAGAAGUUGUUAUCCAUAAUAUUGUGUCUACCUUGUCAUCCGUCAACUUCUAAGUAAUGCCUAGCAAACAAUUUAGACUUCUUCUCCACUGAAAGUUCCAGAAUGAGGGAGCUGAGCUCCGUUUCUUCAUAUAUGAUGAUGUUAUAUUUUGUUCAAAUGAUUCAAUUUUAGUGUUAAUGCAUAUAAGAAGAGUAAUAUUCUGUCAUGAGACCUGAUACUCAAUGUAGAAAAAAGUAUAUACUUGGGAGAAUUGGAGUUGAUCAAUAAAUUAAACAUUAUCAUGACGUUAACAGGCUGAAAACAGGCUCAAAAACACUUCAAACAUAAGUUCCAAACCACCAUUAUGAUACCUGUAUCAGAUACAUUGCUAUUGAUUUACCAUUUCUUUUUCUUUUUUUUCUUUUUUGCAACAAUCAAACAUUGGUGUAUAGUUUCUUUUUCCCAGCAGUUUUCAAAGAGAGCACAAACAAAACGAACAAGAAACUCUCAACAGAUCGCUGUGAAUUGAUAUAUUUCCUUUCUUUUUUAUAUGUUAUCGUUUGAUAUUCCUAUAUUAUUUUCAGCAUUGAGAAAUAACGAUUAUCUGAAUAAUACAGAAGGAAAAGUGAUGUGUAUUUUUGUUAAAUUCAUUUUGUAGAUAAUUAGUCAAAUUUAUGUAACUAUGUAAAAUAAAUGAGAUUUCUCACA